AAUAAAUACCAAAUCCAAGGUUCACAAGCAUUCACCGAGUUGGAUGAUGGAGGCUCAUCGUCGACCUCCAUCCUGAAACAUCGGCGAAACAAGAUGUCUCUCUCUGUCUUCUCUUCUCUCUUCUUUGGUGCCGGUGCUACCACCCUCUCUCUUCCUCUCCUCUCUAGCCCACUUUUGCCGCCUACUUGUAGGUCUUGUCUUUUAAAGAACAGCCGCCAAACAACUGAUGGCGCCAUCGUUGGUUUUAGUCGAUUUUGUUGCUCUUACAGAGACAAGGAGAGAGCAAUGAGGGGUUGGAGAAUUUCUGGGGUUUCUGAAACCUCACGUAGAUGGGAUGCAGUUGGAAAGGAAUUGGAGAGCGGAAGUGAUAGUGAUGAAGAAGGAAAAAAUGAAGAUGAUGAUGAUGAAGAUGUCGAGGAGGAGACACCAGAGAGAUGGGACGUUUUGGGUCUUGGGCAGGCUAUGGUAGAUUUUUCGGGAAUGGUGGAUGACGAAUUUUUGGAGAGAUUGGGAAUAGAAAAGGGAACAAGGAAGCUCGUGAACCAUGAGGAGAGGGGUAGAGUUCUGCGAGCAAUGGAUGGUUGCAGCUACAAGGCCGCUGCUGGAGGGUCUCUUUCUAACACACUGGUAGCCUUGGCUAGGCUAGGCGGUCGGCCCAAUGGAGGCCCUAUGUUGAACAUAGCCAUGGUGGGCAGUGUAGGAAGCGAUCCCUUGGGUGGGUUUUACAGGGCAAAACUGCAUCGGGCAAAUGUCAGUUUUCUCUCUGCACCUGUCAAGGAUGGGACAACGGGUACAGUUAUAGUUCUUACAACUCCAGAUGCUCAGCGAACUAUGCUUGCAUAUCAGGGCACAUCUUCAAUUGUUAGCUAUGACUCAUGUUUAGCUAGUGUAGUCUCCAAAACAAAGAUACUCAUUGUGGAAGGUUACUUGUUCGAACUUCCUCAUACAAUCAGAACAAUAGCAAAAGCAUGUGAGGAUGCCCAUAGGCAUGGUGCCCUUGUUGCUGUGACAGCAUCUGAUGUGUCCUGCAUUGAGAGACAUUAUGACGAUUUCUGGGAGAUUAUAGGGAACUAUGGAGACAUUGUGUUUGCAAACAGUGAUGAAGCAAGAGCCCUCUGUGAUUUUUCCUCAAAGGAAAGCCCUGUAUCUGCAACAAGGUAUCUGAGCCAUUUUGUUCCACUCGUCUCCGUCACUGAUGGUCCUAAAGGAUCUUACAUUGGAGUAAAAGGCCAAUCUGUGUACAUACCUCCAUCACCUUGUGUGCCAGUUGACACUUGUGGGGCUGGAGAUGCUUAUGCAUCUGGUAUUUUAUAUGGUAUUCUAUGUGGUGCAUCAGAUUUGAAAGGUAUGGGCACAUUAGCUGCUAGGGUUGCAGCUGUUGUAGUGGGGCAGCAGGGCACACGGCUAAGGGUUCAAGAUGCAGCUAAGUUGUCAGAAUCAUUUGCUUUCCAUAUUGAGAGUUCUACCGUUCACUUAGAUGUGGGAUCAGAUCAUAUUUCUAGCUUCUAAUCUUUUUUCCUCCAUUUAUAUUGAUCCUAAUUUGGUCCUUUGCAAGGAUAUUCCUUGUUUAUGGCUUUUAACUUUGUAUAUUCCCUAUACUUCCUCAUUGCAUUCGUUUGUUUUGCUCUAUUUUA